AGGUGCACGGUGGUACGCACGCUCGUGGCCUCCGCUGCUGAAAAAGGAGGGAGUCGCAGUGUAUCGAGGUUGUGCAGUGUUGCUUACCACGUAGGAGGUAUAACACUCGCCGUUUCUACGAUAGGAUUUCCUUAACAUUUUUACGAGCUUUACGUUUGUUCCGCGGUUCGUUCGGUGUUUCUCCCCUAUUUUUUCCCCCCAUACCCCGAGGGCUCGGUCGGCCACGCGAACGUUAUUAUUCACGCCUGAUCGUCGCGACCGUGAACCCUCUGUCCGCCGAUCGGUCCGUUCGCGCGAAACGGGAACAACGAUUUAAGAAAGAUCGCGGCGAUUAGGAUACGUCGCGUCGAAUGUUCUUACGUGGCACGGCACGCGAUCGACAACGAAGGUUAAUGCUGGAACUGCCGCGCAAUACGGAAACACAGCUGCGUUUGAACGCCAGAUCGAAGCCGAAGUCGCGAUCCAGAUCAAAGCCGCGAUCCAAGAAGAAGUUGGGCUCGGACCUGGAACCGGAAGCCGAACUGGAUGCCACGUACAGAUCGAGAACGGGACUCACGCUGUCCGCCUAGCCCGCCGAAUAUCCCUGUUUUCCCAUCGAUGGAUAUCGCUACGGCGCGGCCGUAAUACCGUAAAACAAUUACGUUCGAUUCGCAGGCAAUAAACGGCUGUCUUUUGUCCGUACGCACACGGCAAUCGUAUCACAUAUCGAAGCUCAUAUCGACCAUCGUUUCCGUUCGCAGAGCGUUUAGAAAAUAAAUAAGGAAAAGAGGAGAGAAUAUAAAGUGGUGUGUGGUGUAUCGGGGUUUUUUGCGGGGGUUAUCGAGCUUGCGUUCGGAACGUGAAACGUCCCCCCGUCGCUACGUAACAGAGAAAACGUCGCGAACCGUACUUAAUAUUCUUUACUGUGGUGCCUAAAUAACUUAAGUAAAGAACAAAACAAAAGAAAGAAAAGAAAAAACAAAUACUAGUGCCUAUACAACGUAUGCGCAAUAAAAUAUAUCAAACGUUACGACAUUGAAACAUAUUGACUCGCUGAAUACAGGAUACGUUCGAGGAACGACACACGGGUGAAUCGAUAUGCCUGUUGUGUGCCACGGCACAGAGAUCUGAUCGUUCAUAACGUAUCUAUAGAUCGCAACGAUAUUCACGAUUAUCGGAUGGACGACGAAGAGAUGCGACUCUGAUCGGUUUUUAUCGGCGAAUUAUGAGACUCGGGCACCAAGAGAUAGACUCGGCCGAGCUCGUUCCGUUUCACGGAUAAGGGAAGAAUCGAGUUGACCUUCUGGCACCGUGCUCGAUCGAUCUGUUUCAUUGGAUCUUCCUUUCGUCGCGUCCGCCCCCCCUUCGAGAUUCUCGAAGGCGACCCGAGCCUUUUCCCGGUUGCAGUAGUUUUCAAGAUACGCGACAAUGUCUCGUUUAAUGCUGUGCAAUCUUGGCAAUACGUCCACCGCGGGGAACGAUACCAAUAACAAUGCGAAUACUAACAGUAGUAUGGAGGACGACGAGUAUUACCCGCUGCCUACUAUCUAUCGCUGCCGUGCACCUAUAGCGAGUCUCGAUUGCAUGGAAGAGUUCAACGGCGGCGGCGGCGUCGGUGGCGGCGGUGGCGGCGGCGGCGGCGGCGGUGUGGAUUCCGGUGUGCACUGCAGCAAUACCGCUGGAACGAAGGAACAGCUACUGACUAACUGCAUUGCCGCACAAGCGCAACGCUUACAGCAUCCUUCGCCAGGUAUUCGCUACCGCAACUUGGGCAAAAGCGGUCUACGUGUUUCCAAUGUUGGAUUAGGUACGUGGACGACUUUUGGCAUUGGGAGUUGCACUAGCGAGGAGACGGCCGAGGCUGUGGUCGCCCUCGCCUACGACAGUGGCAUAAACGUGUUCGACCUGAGCGAAGCCCACAGCGGUCAUCGGGCGGAAAUCCAGUUUGGACGAAUUUUGUUGCGGCGGGCUUGGAAUCGUUCCAGCUACGUCGUCACCACCAAAAUAUACUGGAAUACCAAGGCGGAGGGUCGUGGAUUAUCGCGCAAACACAUAAUCGAAUCGGUACAGGCGUCGUUGGUCAGGCUGCAGCUCUCCUACAUCGACAUAGUAAUGAUUCACAAGGUCGAUCCGAUGUGCCCCAUGGAAGAGAUAGUACGCGCUAUGAAUUACGUGAUAAGCAAAGGAUGGGUGAUGUACUGGGGAACGUCCCGUUGGACCCCUGUCGAGAUUAUGGAAGCAUAUACGAAUUGUCGUCAAUUUAACUGUGUCACACCGAUCGUAGAACAGGCCGAGUAUCAUCUAUUUUAUAGAGAAAAGCCGGAGCUCUAUAUGCCGGAGUUGUACAACAAAAUAGGGGUGGGCCUGAUGGCGUGGUCUACGGUCACGAUUGGUAUGGUUUCUACGAAACCAGAAGACUACGGGGUCUCCUUUUUGUCGAGAUCUUCUUACAAGAAUAAGUAUUCGUCGUUCAGUUGGACGGAGGACGAAACGCAAUCUUUGUACAAAGAGCAGGAAUUUGGCUGGAAGGAAAAGACGGGCGAGGAAGAGACGCGGAAGUAUUCGGACAAAGUACGGGACGUGUGCGCUCUCGCCGAACGACUCGGCUGCUCUUUCGGGCAACUCGCCAUUGCGUGGUCCUUAAAGAAUGAAAGUGUUCAGUGCCUUCUCCUCGGUGCAUCAAACAUAGAUCAACUGUACGAUAGUCUUCAGAGUUUACAGCUGAUCCCGAAAUUGAACGCCAACAUAAUGAACGAAAUCGAAAGGAUUCUCGACAACAAACCGUCCCGACCUCCGAUGAUCUCCACUCUGGCGCUUAGAUGACAAUCAAUUUGCCCUCACGGUAGCGGUGGGGGCUCACUAGAGGACGGAGGCAGCCCGAAGAGCGAGGGCGCCAACAGCCAAGAUCAGGAGACGACCAAGGAACUGACCGGCAAACUACCGUUUUGCGAGAUACAAUGAAACGGCUUGUACGCGAUCACGUAUACGUUCGUGCACACUCUGAUCCCGCUCGAAGCGAUCCGGAUCGAGGAGAACCGAAUCUGAAUAUCCAAAGACAUGCCCGAAACACACACGGCCAGGCAGAGGAUGAAAUUUUCCAUGUUGAUAUCCGCCAUACGCGCGGGCGGUCAGUCCGCGAUCGGGGAUGUCCCACGCGCGCGAGUUGUUCUCGCGUUAUGAAUCGACGACAAUACUUACGAUUACGGUUACGGUCACGGUUUACCGCUGCGAUUGCGUUUACAAUUGCACUCCGAUGAUCGAAAACGCGUUGGACGGAUUUUCUUUCCUUUCUUUUUUGGAAGAGACGCGGAAAGGGGGGGGCGGACACGCCACCGCCCCGGUUGACGAUUUUUUUUUCGUACCCCGACGACGCUCGUGCAACGGUACCGCCGAGAAACACGAUUAUCGGGUAUCCGCGUCACAGCUUUUUCGUUUAGGGAAAGAUCAACGACGAGCCAAGGUUUUCUACGAGAGUCAGCGAGUCGAAUCUUUGUUCACGAUUCACUACGCCAAGUGUUCAUUAAAAGCUAAAUAGUAUGAUGUAGCGCCCAUCCGUUACGGCCCGUAGAGAACGGUAUAUUGUCGCAAAUGAAAACUACUGCGUUUCCGCUCCGAGGGCAUCCGUUCCCGUUUUGCCCGUUACGCGAUUCCUCGCGGCUCGGGACAGGCGAUUGUUUAUUCCGCGACGUUCACUCGUACUUGGUGGGACAACGCUAACUAUCUCCUGGAUAGACCUGGUUGAUCUUCUUUUGGAAGAAACAUCCUGGUGUACGGAAGUUUUCCAGGUAAACAGAUGGGGAGGCAGAGCUGGAUGGUUUCAUGGCUAUUUAGAUCUUCCUUUGAACCUUAAAAUAUAAACAUUUGGUAUCAACUGAAGAAGUUUACCUUCAACUACUUGUUACUGAUAUGGAGAAUGUCGAGAGUAGGCGGUUUUCCACGUGGACAGAAGCAGAACUGGUUUUCUGGCUAGCCUAGUUGGAUCUUCCUUUGUACCCUGAAACAGAAACAUUUGAUGGUGACUGAAGAAGUUUGCUUUAAACUUCUUAAGAGUGAGAUGCUCUAGUGUACACAGUAUGAACUAUUAUUGAUAUUGAGAAUAUUAAGAGUAAGGGGAUUUCCACAUAGAUAGAACUGGAUCGUUUCAUCCUUCGAACUCUAAAACUUAAACAUUUAACUGGGGAAAUUUACUUUACGCUAUUUACUUGUUAUCAAGAAUAAAAUACUCUAGUGUACACCAGUAUGUAUUAUAUUGAGAAUAUUGAGAGUAAGGGGUUUUUUACACACAUGGAAUCAAAGCUGGAUGGUUCCCUGGCUAGGCUAUUUAGUUCUUCUUUUGGACCCUAAAACAUUAGCAUAUGAUGUUCACUGAAGAAGUUUGCUUCUAAACUACUUGUUAUCACUUUUAAUCGACACAGUAUAUCUGUCAUCGAUAUUGAAAUGGCAUCACAGAUGUGUUGUUUAACAGCAAGCUCAGAUGGAUCUUCUUUUGGACCGUAGAACAUUAACACAGACAACACUUAAGGUCCACUGGAGAAGUUCACGGUCAAACUACUUGUUAUCAAGAGAAAAAUUCUUUCCUAAAUAACGUUUGUUGCUACAGCCUGGCCAUCGAAUCAGGACCAGUCGAGACUCUCGUUUCGUUGUAUUUGUCCCACCAAGUAUGGGUUUCCGAGGGAGACAGCACCGUUUCGACGACGGCGUUGUGAGAUUAUUCGCGAGACGUUUCAUCUAGUUUUUAAAGUAUCGAUUCGAACAUCUGUCGCCGCUCUUUUCCACCUCGCGAUCGGACGAGUGUUCGAUCGGGUCCUUUCUCAAGUACCUAGAGCGUGUAUAGCUCUCGCUGUACCGUUCGUUAUCGGAAAAGGACAGCAGGCUGGCUAAACCAGCCAACUAGACCUACACCAAGUGCUAGACACAGUGGCUCGAGUUAAUAUUCGGGCACCAUACGUACUCCAUAAACUCUGGACUUAACAGGGGCUUGGAGGAUUAUUUCCCGAAACUUUGUUUAAUUUGCUGACCCUGGCCAUCGAAUUAGGACCACUCCACAGACUUCUUCGUUUCUUGUUUGUACUUUUUAUGGUAAACAGUGGUCGAAUAUUGACGCGAAUCGCCGUAGCUCGCUGGGCAGCCGCGUAGAUAGGUGAACUACAUAGACGGGUAGAUAGGUAAUUAGAUAGACGCGCGUAGUCGAGGUAAAUUGGUUAGGUAAGUAUGUACAUAAGUAGAUAGCGAUAGGAAUGCACGAACGGCGGUAAGUGAGAAAAACAAAAAGGAAAUUUUGCGGUUGCACGCGACACCGCUCUGUCGUGGGACGAACGAGAUGA